AUGCGCCCGGACCCCGCCGCCGCCCCGGGCCCGCCGGGCCCCGACGUCCCGCCCCCGGCCCGGGACACGCCCCCUGAGGCCCGGCGCCACGCCCCUUCCGGAGGACACGCCCCCGCCGCAGGUCCGGCCGGCCUCUGCUUCGACCCGGCUUCCGGUUCCCGGCUCCUACCCCGCCUUCGGCCCAGCCCCGGGACGUGGACUCCAAAGCCGCCUUCUCUGCUGUCCCCGGUGCCCGCGCCCCUCCCCGCCGCGCUGUGCUGCCCGGGCGCCGGGGCGGCGGGGCGGAGGAGCCAGCCCGUCCAGAAACCGUUGGAGCGUUCGGGCUGUCUGAGCAUGAGCGGCCUGUUCUCCUUGCUUGGUCCUGCAACCAACCUUCCUCUGCCCCAGACUCCCGUGUUUGGGUUUGUUCGGCCUCGCUGCGUCGGACAACAGUGGCUCUAUAGUUAGCUGGGGAUCUAAUCAGGUCGCUGCCCUCGGAAAACUCCCUAUGGAUCUUUGGGGGUUUGUUUGUUGGCUGCACAGCCUACAGGAUGAUAGCUCCCUGACCGGGGUGGAAGCUGCGCCCCUACAGUGGAAUCACCGAGUCUUAACGGCUGGACUCCAGGGAAGUCCCUGGAAAUGGAUGGGAAAUGACUCACCCUCCUGCUCUCAUGCACGUGGCAGCAGCAUUUUGCAGGACCGUCUCUCUUCCUGAUUUUUCUUUAGGCCGCGGCCCGUGGCAGGCGGAACUUCCCCGACCGUGGAUGGAACCUGCGGCCCCUGUGUUGAGAGCGAGGGGUCUUAACCACUGCACCAGCAGGGAAGACCUCCCCACUGAUCUUUGGGUGAGCGUCACAGUUCUUUGCCGGCUCGGGCCUCACCAGCUCUGUGGACCAACUCACUGUGCAGGACAGGAAGUGCACAGCCAUCGCAGAGGCUCUGGCCCCACCGCUCAGACACUGGCCUCGUCAUUCCUCAGCCACGGGCUCUGCUGAGAUGCUCCACUCCCACCAUCCCCAUCCCUGCAUCCCACCCGAGUUAAUGCCCAUUUGUAUUUACCUUCUGAGUGAGCCUGUGGCUUCCUCGGGGUCCUCUGCCGUCCAGGACUGUCCCCGUGUUCAGGUCACGUGCCCUCCUGCUUCUUACUCACCCACAUAGCGCGCCCCACUGUUCAGAAUGAAACGUGUGUGUGAUUAUUCCUCUCAUGUCUGUCUUUCCCUGUAGACUGCACGUAAACACCCCUAUCUGGUGUACUCCCCACUGAGCCACCCUGCCUGGCAGAGUGGGUGGCAAACAGUAGGUGCUCAGUAAUGUGGCACCUGCGGAAGGGAGGCGUGAGCUCCUCUGCGGUCCUCUGCAGUGUUGUGCCAUCCUUGCCUUCCCUGUGGCUCCAACUGCUCGUCCCUUUCUGUCUCCUUUAACCACGUCCUCCAAACAACCUAGGCACACCCUGCAAUUCUUACCUUGGCUCCAACUGCUUGUCCCUUUCUGUCUCCUUUAACCACGUCCUCCAAACAACCUAGGCACACCCUGCAAUUCUGACCUCUUUCCUCUCUUUUUCUUUAGGAUAAAAAUAUCUAUUUCUUAAAAGAAAACCCCCUCCCGUAAUCGUACUUCUCCCUCAAACCAGAGUCCAUCUGUAUAAAUCUCUCCUCUUCAGGGAGGCCCUCCCUGACCACAGCCAAAUAAAAAC